AUGUCUCUCGCGCUUGACAACUUUCCCUCCUCCGCCGCCUUCGACGCAAUCCAAGCCUCGCUCUCCGCCUCGCCCGCCGACCGCAAAGCCGCCAUCAAAUCCGGAAACGGUAUCUUCGGCUUCACGCUCAAGAACAACGGCAAAGAAGAAUCGUGGCACAUUGACCUAAAGGAGAGCGGCACAGUGGGCCGGGGCGUCGCGCCCGAGGGUAAGAAAGCGAACGUGACGCUGGUACUGAACGACGCCGAAUUCCAGAAACUGGUCGAGGGCAAGGCGAACGCGCAGAAGCUGUUCAUGAGCGGGAAGCUGAAGGUCAAGGGCGACGUCAUGAAGGCGACUAAGCUGGAUCCUAUCCUUAAGAACGCGCAGGCGCAGGCGCCGAAGAGCAAGUUGUAG